GCGCCAGCUCCCGCAAAAGGCCUCAAGCUCAACGCACAGGUAGUCCUCGGUCGCACAGAUACCACCGCGCGACUCAGACAACUCGUGCGCUGCGAACAGGCCGAAAAAUCGCCGCUUUUGCAGCCCAAGCUUGUAAGCAAGCAGUACUCUCAGACAGCCUGCUCAAGUGUGCUCUCAGUUCUACGCAGCCUAAAGUCGCCGUGAAGCAAAAAUCAUGCCAGUACCCCUCUCCGCGAUCGCAACCAAAGACGCGUUUGUCGCAGCGGUAGGCGGCUGCUACGAAAAAAGCCCGUGGGUCGCCGAGCGCGCCUUCGCCCAGGGCCCCUUCGCGAGCGUCACCUCUCUCGCAGCGGCCAUGAAGCAGACGCUGGCCAACGCGACGGACGACGAGGUCCUGUCUUUACUGAGAGCGCACCCCGACCUGGCCGGCAAGGCCGCGCUGCGCGGCGACGUCACGGCCGAAUCCGCCGCCGAGCAAGCCAAAGCCGGCCUCGGUUCGUUAACGGAAGCGGAGCUCUCAAAGCUCACGUCGCUCAACGAGCGCUACACGGCCAAGUUCGGGUUUCCGUUCAUCCUCGCGGUCCGCAACGCGUCGAAGCGCGUCAUUUUUGCGGCGCUCGAGCGGCGCAUGGCGGGCGAUUUGGUAGAGGAGCGUGCGGAAGCGUUGGCCCAGGUCCACAAGAUCGCCUGGCUACGGUUAUUAGACAGUGUAGAAGGCAACGGCAAAGGUUUUCUGACCUGUCACGUGCUGGACGUCGCGUCGGGCACGCCGGCGGCGGGCAUGAGUGUUACGCUGACGCGCUUAGGUGAUCAUGGCGAUCUCCCGUCGUCCUACGCCUUCACUACCAAUGAAGACGGCCGCCUCGACGGCCCAGCUUUGAAAGGUCCGGACUUCUGCGCGGGCGCCUACGAGUGGACCUUUCAUGUUGGAGAGUACUUCGCCGCCAAGGGCGUGGCGACGGCGGCCCAGCCCUUUCUGGGGGACGUGCCGAUCCGCUUCGGCAUCGACAACCCCGAGGAGCACUACCACGUGCCGCUGCUCUGCUCGCCCUGGACCUUCUCGACCUACCGCGGCUCCUAGCUUGUUAAUAUUCUUGUGUACA